CCUUGAAUACAAUUUGAAAUUGAACAACAAAAUCCUCGAAAUAGGGCUACACUCUAAAUGAGAGUUGAUUCCAUGAGCCUGAACAAUUGAACAUUAUUAAUCUCAAUUAAGUCCCUAUAUUUUCUGCGAAAAUGCCCAACUGGAAUCAAAUACAAGCCCAACUGAGGCACCCGGCAAAUCCAGUGGUAUUUUUCGACAUAUCCGUGGGAACAACUGAAAUUGGAAGAAUGCUUUUUGAGCUCUUCGCGGAUGUAGUUCCAAAGACAAGCGAGAAUUUCCGUCAGUUUUGCACAGGUGAAUUUAGAAGGGAUGCUGUACCAUUAGGGUUUAAAGGAGCUAGCUUUCAUAGGGUAAUCAAAGAUUUCAUGAUACAAGGAGGCGAUUUUGUAAAUGGUGACGGAACAGGAGUUAUGAGUAUAUACGGUGGAGGAACCUUCCCUGAUGAAAAUUUCUCUUUGAAACAUGACACACCAGGUCUGUUGUCUAUGGCCAACAGUGGGAAAGAUACAAAUGGUUGCCAAUUUUUUAUUACUUGUGCCAAGUGUAACUUUUUAGAUGGAAAACAUGUAGUUUUUGGUAGGGUAAUAGAUGGACUUUUGGUAAUGAGGAAAAUUGAAAAUGUUCCUACAGGACCUAAUAAUAAACCGAAGAUACCAGUAACUAUUGUUCAGUGCGGACAAAUGUGAUUAAAUAACAUGUUUUACCCUUUACUUUUUCAUACUAUCAUUAAUUCAGCUGUAAGAUGUAAUAGUAAUAAGUCACUGAUGAAUCUAGUUUGGGUUAAUAAAAGGUUAUUUCAAAUUUUAAAAGUGUGUCUAAAGAUUCAAUAAUUUUAUAUGAAAAGGGAAUUAAUUCAAAAUUGGUCGCCAGUAUUGUAAAAUUGUAUUUGAUUAACAUGAACACAUUGAGAUAAAAACAGAAUUACAAAAGAAACGGACAGAAAUAUGAUGAAUUAACAAGAUGAAGUGUUUAAGGAACAUAUCAAAAUACAGCCUAUAUUAAGGAGAUGUUACAUCUCAUUUUUUCCCAAAAGUUCCAAAAUAGUUUUUAAAAAUACUCCAUGCACAAUAUAUAGUUUGCAGCAUU